CCCUUAUUGGAAGGAUAGGACAAAGAAGAGAGACAUACCAUAAAAUAAUAGACAUGGGAAGAUCUCCAUGCUGUGAUGAAAGUGGUUUGAAGAAGGGUCCUUGGACACCUGAGGAAGAUCAGAAGCUUGUUAACCACAUUCAAAAAUAUGGUCAUGCAAGCUGGAGGGCACUUCCAAAACUUGCAGGACUCAACAGGUGUGGCAAAAGUUGCAGGUUAAGGUGGACUAACUACUUGAGACCUAACAUUAAAAGAGGAAAAUUUUCCAAAGAAGAAGAACAAACAAUUCUUGAUCUCCAUGCCAUCCUUGGAAACAAAUGGUCCGCAAUAGCAAGUCACAUACCUGGUAGGACAGAUAAUGAAAUCAAGAAUUUUUGGAACACUCAUCUGAAGAAGAAGCUGAUUCAAAUGGGUUAUGAUCCAAUGACACACCAGCCUCGAACUGAUGAUAUUCUCACAGGCUUGUCUCAUCUCAUAGUACUGGCUAACCUGAAAGAACUUUUGGAUCAGCACCAUCAAUCAUGGGAACAAAGCCUUGCAAGGCUUCAAGAAGAGGCCAUCCAAUUGACCAACCUCCAAAGCUUACAACAACACCUCGUGCAGCCACAAUUCACUGAGGCAGAUCUUAACACAGUUAGUAGUAUGACAAACAGUACCUUCAUGAUGAACAACGACAUCGUCAAUGUUUCAAAUGAUACCAGUGUGUCACCAUCUAAUGGAAUUGGCACUGUCCAAUUGGCUAAUGAUUCCACCCCUUUCUCUCACAUGCCUGAAUUGAAAACACCAUCUUCUUGUUCUCCGUGGCUUUUCUCGUGUUCAAGCACUACCCCUUCUUCUCCUUCUGCCCAUGUUGUUCCACCGGUCACGUCAGAGGUUUCAUUGACUAAUGUGGACGACAAUUGCACCAUUUGGCCAGAGAUCCUGCUAGAGGACCCUUUCUUCAAAAUGAUUUCCUAG